CCACACCGUGACGCUUCACUCUGGACGUAGUUUGGGCUGGACGAGUUAUUUUCCUCAUAUGCUUUACAAACUACGCAAUAUUCGUAAUCUAUAGGCUCUCAUGGUAAGUUGCAGUUGGAGUCAACCGACGCUAUCGUGGAGAGUAAUACGUUCCUUCUUGCCGAUCGAGCAAUGGAGGAAAGAAAGGCGACUGAGCCAACAAGUGUGCGACCCUGUAUUAUAGUGCACGGUGGGGCUUGGGCCAUACCAGACGCCUGGAAAGAGUCAUCAGUCAGUGGGGUCAAGAAAGCUGCACAAAAAGGGUACGAGUGCUUAUUAAAGGUGAGAUCUGCGUAAGAAACAUAAUGGAAUUGAUUGCAAUAAUAAAUACAGGUCACAUUUUGCCAUUAUGCAUCACCGUUUCUUCAAGAGGUUCUCACAAUCAAUCCUGUUUUAGAACGUAUCAAGUCACAGGCUCAUUUAAAACAAAAAAGGAAACCCUUUCACUCUCAGAACUAAUUGACAGAUAACCCUCCCUUUCCCACCCCCACCACCCCCCCCCCACCCCCCCACAAUUUCAAAGGAAAAAUAUCAAGCAGAGGGUAAUGCAAACAGACAAAGAACCACCUGGGAAGAAGAAUGCUAUCUUGAUACAUCAAAUAUUUUCGCUGGUGCCCAAUUAUUCUAAGUGCAUCGCAUGACCAAGUAUUUCUCUGCUAGGGGGAUAUCCUAGGGGAAUCAAGAAAAUCUCGCAUGUAAUAUUCCCCAAUUUUCAAACCUUUCAUCCACUAUGAUAAGUUUUCAUAUAAUAUUUUAUUUGAGAUGGGAGAGUUAAAUGGUUGUUACAGAAGAAGUUAAGUAUUUGUUUGUUCAUAAAGUUGUGCUAGAGAACACUCAAAAGGAAAUAUUUCGCACAGCAAACAGUAAGCUGUUUGUAAAAAUUUUUUUUAUGCAUGUUGCAAAAUACAUGAAAGAUAAUAAACACAAUAGCCUCCAUUUUGUGAAAAAUGUGCUCAUGUAUUUGUCCUUGGACAUUAUCUGAUCCUUAAAGCUCACAGAUUUCCUUGAGCUUCACUUUCAGAAAACUGUUUGUAUCUUGGAACAGAUGAUGUUACAGACAAAUAUUGUGCAUAUUUUUGUACCAAAAUAGACUAUUAUUUAUUUAUCUAUAAGUAACUAAUAAAGAAACACAUAGCAGCUAGAAGAGAGGAAUUAUGUAUAGUCCAAUUGUAAGCAAUAAUGAAUGAAUUCAUUUUAACCAAGGGUGGAACAGCUGUUGACACAGUUGAGGCAGCUGUUCGUAUUCUGGAAGAUGAUCCAACUUUUGAUGCAGGUCAUGGCUCAGUUCUCACAGAGGAGUUGACUGUUGAAGUUGAUGCCAUGAUCAUGGAUGGGCAGACCUUAGAAUCAGGUAAAUUUAGAUAAACUUUGCCAUAGAACAGAUGUUUCCAGAUUUGGUACCAAACUGCAACAUAUGGGUACUGGAUUCAUUUUGCCUUGAAUACAACAGUAGAAAAAUUGUCAUUGAUUGCUUUUCUAGAGAUUUUUGUUAUAGAAUUAACAGUGAAAUAUUUCUAUAAAAGUGCUUUACAGUUCUCUCUGAUUUGUAGCAGAAGAAGUUUUCUCUCAGCUCUCAGUUUUGUGCUUUUUCUUAAAAUUCUUAGAUUGAAUUUGGUCUUUGGUUUGAUGAUAAGAUAAUUUGCAAUUUCUUCUCCAGGUGCUGUUGCAGCAGUAACAGGUGUAGCAAAUCCUGUGUCUCUAGCUCGUCAUGUGAUGGAAGACACUCCUCAUUCUCUAUUGGUUGGCAAUGGCGCUUUAAAGUAUGCAAAGAAAAUAGAUUUUCCAAUUUUAUCUGAUCCUCUCGCACUUAUCAGCGAAGAAUCAAGACUACAAUUGGAAGGAAACAAAAAUUUCAAUGAAGCUGUUUUGAGUGGCUAUAAUACAGAAACAUGCAAUACUGGUGCUGUUGUUAAUCCUGGACAUGACACUGUUGGUGCAGUUGCUAUGGACUCCUCUGGUCGACUAGCAUGUGCAACAUCUACAGGUUAGCUUUAGCACCAAUAAGUUAGAAAUGUUGGCUUUUAUUGUAGCUUAUAUGUUUAGUGUAGCACAUUGUUGUGGGUGGCAUGACCAGUGUUCUUCUUAGCUUUCCAGAAGUUAAUGCAAAAUAGGAUUCCAAAACCCUAAACUCUUGACACCGGUUGUUUGAAUUUUCAAUUUUUAUUACAGGUUGCAGUUAGUAAUAAAUGCUUUUGCAAGAAGUAAAUUUCAUCCGCUACUGCCUAAUAAAGAGAACACUGGGUAUGAGUAAUGAUAUGGCUUAAUUUAGUGGGUUCAAUUCUGGGGCCUUACAAGUGUUGCAAGUUUUUGUAGAUUUCUCCUUGUAAACAACAACUGAAUUGCUAUAAAUAAUACCCAUUUAGGCACAAGAAUUCGCUCCUUUUGAAAUCACUUCAAAUUCUAUGUUAUGGAGUUCAGGAUGUCUGCCUAACAGGCAUGUAGCUAACAAGCAUAGCCAGCUUGUUUGGUGUCACCUUGUACAUGUGGUGACCCAUUUUAUUGGAGAGGAGGAUUUUCUGGCCACAAUGCCCAGCGUACACACUUCAUUAGACCCUGUGAGAACAAAAUUUGGUCCCAUAAGCCAAAACACAGGAAGCCUCAACUGAACUUAGUUAAACCUCAAAUGCAGAGCCACUAAUACUAAAAGUGCACUUGCAAUAAUCAAGAGCAGGAAGAAAAAAACAAAAAUCAAAUUGAGCUUUAUAAAUUUCAGGUGGAAUUUCCCUCAAGAUGCCUGGACGUGUUGGUGACAGUCCACUGAUUGGCUGUGGAGGUUAUGCAAACGAGGAGGGUGCAGUAUCAACAACAGGACAUGGAGAAUCCAUUAUGAAAACUUUGCUGGCAAGAGAAGUGGUGUGUAACAUGGAAGGGGGUUACCCCCCUGAUUUUGCGUGCACUAAAGCACUUGAGAAGAUGUUUGAGCAAGUAGGUGGUCAGGGGGGAGCAAUAGCAAUCAGUAAACACGGCAAAGUAGGGAGAGGUUUUACCACCAAGCGUAUGCCUUGGGCAACUAUUACAGAAGGUGUUCUAAAGUUUGGUAUUGAACCAAAUGAGGAAAUUUCAGAUGCAUGCUGUUGAGUAUUUACACCCAUGAAUAUUGUAUUUAAGCUCAACUAUUUAUUUCCUAUUCCUAAUCUUAUCAUUAAACAUGUACCCCCU